AUGCAGUUCACUCUCGUCGUCGCUGCCCUCGCGGCCGUCGCCUCUGCCGUCACUCCUCCAAACUACUCCCAGUCGCCAUCCGGCAACCCCAUCUUCACCCCAGGCAGCCAGGAGCUCGUCCCCGCCGGCAGCCCCUACACCAUCAGCUGGAAGCCAACCACCCAGCGCCCCGUCUCCGUCAUGCUCCUCCACGGCUGCCCCAAGAACUGCAUGCCCGUCGCUACUCUCGCCGAGGGCAUCCCCAACACCGGCUCCCUGCCAUGGACUCCAUCCACUUCUCUCGUCGGCGACUCUGCCUACGGUCUCCUGAUCGUCGUCGAGGGCACCGGCGAGUACCAGUACAGCACCAACUUCGGCAUCAAGAACGACCAGCCACACAACCCCCCAAAGCACUCCUCCGUGCCUGCUGAGAAGCCAACCUGGACUCGCCAGCCAUCUGCGCCAGCCACCCACAUCGUCGUCUCUUCCACCGCCCCUGCUUCCACCGGCGGUGUCAUCACCCUCACCACCUCCGUCUGCCCACCAACCUCCACUGCCACUGCUGCUCCCUACCCAACCGGCGGCAGCUCCGUUCCCGGCACCCCCCAGCCAACUGGCGGCAACCCAGCUCCUGUUCCAACUGGCACCGGUGCUCCCGUCCCACCACCAGCUGCCACCUUCACUCCUCCACCAUUCAACAACGGUGCCGGUCGCGUCGGUGCUGGUGUCGGUGCCGCUCUCCUCGUUGUCGCCGCUGCUUUUGCCUUGUAA